GAAGAACGAGAAGAAGAAGGAGAAAGCGGAAACAAAAGAGGUUUUCUGAAAACACAAACACAUCUCCGGCUCUCGAAGCACUCAGGGAAUAAACUACAGCCAUUGACAUCGCCAGCAAUACUAUUAAAACCAGAUAAAGAGCGAGUCGACCUGUGUGGAGGAGAAAACGGCACCGGGCAUCAUGGCACUGAAAAGAAUACAGAAGGAACUGCAUGACCUGCAGAGAGACCCUCCAGCUCAGUGCUCUGCUGGACCAGUGGGGGAAGACUUGUUUCACUGGCAGGCGACCAUAAUGGGUCCGGGUGACAGUCCGUACCAAGGAGGAGUGUUCUUCCUCACAAUCCACUUCCCCACCGACUACCCGUUCAAGCCUCCAAAGGUAGCAUUUACAACAAAGAUUUAUCACCCAAAUAUAAACAGCAACGGCAGUAUCUGUUUGGACAUUCUACGGUCCCAGUGGUCUCCAGCACUUACAGUGUCUAAAGUUUUAUUGUCCAUAUGUUCAUUGCUGUGUGAUCCGAACCCAGAUGACCCCUUAGUUCCAGACAUAGCACACAUGUACAAGAACGACAAAGACAAAUACAACAAACUAGCAAAAGAUUGGACCCAAAAGUACGCCAUGUAAAGAAAAAAAGAAGAAAACAUGCUGAGAAUUUUCCUUUUUCCUUCCUUUUUUUUUAAAAGUCACAACACACUGUACAUUAUAGUAUGGAAUCAUUAAGUAAUCCUAGGUAACUUCCAUCACACUGAACUGUCAUUAACAAUAUCAUUAAUCCAUGACAUGUACAUUGAUUGUUUUUGAAAGGAAGCAGAAGAGAAUGAUUCCCUGCGGUCGCUAUAUGGACGAUGAUGUUUCCAAGAAGUUUGGCAUGUUGUUCUUGCAUCAAGGAAUUUUUUAUUUAUAACUCAAGUUUAUUACAAAUUGCAUUCUUCAUUUUUGAAGUAAGACUAGUAGAUUGUAGGAUUUAAGUCCCAACAUAUGCCAUUCAGCGAGAAGCCUUUUUUCCAGAGGAGCUGAGUGAUUGUGCAGCAUACAUGCUAGCUGCUCCUGGAGAGGAAUAGCCCACGUUCAGUCUCUGCUGCAACAUCAGCUGCAGGAAACCCCCAACCAUGGAAAUGUGGAUGGGUGAAUGCCAAAUAUGUGAGCCCAACAUUCUGACACAUGUCAUGUAGUGGGUGAUCAAGGUUUUUUUUUUUUUUUUUUGCAUCUUGUAGCGGACGAGGUGGAAUGAAACAAUGUACUGUUUCCCUGAAAACGGGAGAAAUUACAAGUUACGUAUUACAGUCUUCUUCUUCCUAUUGUUAUUAAUUGUAUAGCAUUAAAAUCGUCUUGGAUAUUUCAUUUAAAUUAGAGUUAUCACUAUGUAAAUCUGUCAUUAAAACGAUGUUCUCUUUUCCCCUGAGAGUAGAAGUGACGUUGGCUUUUUGGUUGGUUUUACACGGGAACAAAGAAGAGAUUUUAAUCCACUGACUGACCUGUAAUAAAGGGUUACAUGUGUUCAUCUGUAUAUCCAUCUAUGCUAUAAAAGUGGUGAAAAUGUAUUUCUUUGUUCCAGUGUAAAUAGUCUCACUUGUGUCUUUGAGGCCUGUGUGGCACCUUUUGUACUGAAUUAAAGAAAGGUACAGUUUUUAUCACGA